ACGGGGCAGCUGAGGCACGCUCAAGCCACACAUGAGACGCGUCUCGGAUGAAUCGCAUGAGGUGAGUUUUUUAGCAUGAGGCGAGGCAAAAUUUUUGUGUUAAAAUGUAUCUUAUGGUGGAUUUAACGUAGCAUGAUGUCAUCAUAAGGUAGGGGUCCACUGUAUUUUGCCCGGUCUCCAGACAAACUCUCGUCCACCACAGACACUGCCCAUACCACUACACGAAUGACAUAAUUUAUUCAUUUCAGAGUAUAUAUAAAGUUUCUAUGUUAAUUAUAUUGUUCAUGUCAUAUUAGAUGAAGUGAGAUAGACAAAUUAGCCGUAGAGUUGAUAUCAGCGAUAUUAUUGAAGUACAGAAUUCCACUGGAACGGAUUAAUUGCAUUUCAGUUAAUUUAAAUGAGGAAAAUUGACUCUGCAAACGAGCAAAUCCAGUUGCGAGCAAGGUCAUGGAACAGAUUAAAGCCGCAAGUAGAGGUUCCACUGUAUUUUUUUUUUUUACUGUGCUCACCCACCUCACAGAUCCCUGUUAUCAUGUCAAGGCCAAAAUAUACUGAACACAAUUUAUUUGAGGGCCUUAUAAUUAAAAUGUAGAUCUACAUAAGUGACACUAGCCUCAAAUGAUGUAGAUCUACAUGAGAGACAGUAUAAGAGUUAUGUGCUCCUGUGUCAUGUAUGUGUAUUCUCAAAAUCUUUAAUAUAAUGUUCUGAUUUAGAUUUUUAUAAUAAAUUUUUGUUACAGAAAUUCUGCCAGUUGUAGAGUUUGUGUUAGAAGAAGGAAUCUCAGAUGAAGAAGCUGUUCGUCUCAUCCAGCACGCAGUUGGUGGAGGUUCAGGUGAGAGUAAAGGUUCAGCAGGAGAAAAUGAAGAUGAUGAUGAUGAAAAUAACCGCUGGAAACAAACAGAUUCAGGAAGUGCUCAAGCUCUUACCUUAGACACCUCACCAAUACAUUCACACAGUGGUGAUGAUCCCUUCACAGCUAAUCUUAUGAACUUCUAUGGUGGGUCUGAAUACCAGCCAGUGACUCUUGGACAGGCAGCACUGAUGGCCAUGGAACCACACGAUAUUAUAAUAUGCAAGUGGCCUAAACCUCUGAAGUAUCAGUUCUUUAAGAACAUCAUGCCAGACAUGCCUAUUACACACUGUGUCCAUUGUAACAAGAUGUUCCACACAGAUGAUUAUACCCUUCAAGUGCUCCAGAAAGGUCACUGCCCAUUCUGCCGAACACCCAUUGGAGAUCAUUCAGACAACAACAUUGAUUAAUGUGAAAUUUUUUUUUAUUUUGUUUAACCCUUUAAACUGUCCAAAUGUAGAUCUGCGUUCUCUCGCCCAGGGCUCCAAAUAUUUUCAAAAAUAUUAUUAGUUUUUUUUUUAAUUAAAGAGGCAAUUUUCUGUGUGUAAUAAGAUGAAAAAAAUUGUUUAGGGUCGGUACUUACCGAGAUAUGAGGCCACAGAGUUGGCACUGGAUGUUCACCUGAUGGUAACAUGCAAUCCUGCCGCUUGCAGAACUGUUGCCAAUAUACCUUUUUUUCUCAUUUUUUUUUUUUUAAUUUAUGUAAUAUUUAUACCUGCACAAAACUAUACUGCCUUACACCAUAUUGUAGCAUUCUCAUACUGUAAACUUUCACCAACGCUCAAUAUUAUAUUCCAAUAAUAUAACUUAAAUAUUUACUAUUGAUAUACACAACCUACAGAAUACUUUCAAAUUGUCCCAAUGUAAUAUCCCCAGAUUGUAACUUAAGUUAACUUACUAUCUGCUUUAAAUGAAAACAGAUGUACAAUGUAAACAAACUGUGAUCAAUUUCUCUAGUAUUAAGUAGUCUGUAAGCCAUUAAUUUAGUCUGGCCACAAUGCCAUAAAAUGAUAGUGGCUCUCUUUGCACUGCAACUCAUUAUUGUAAUUACAGAAUCUCAAUGUAACCUUGCAAAGAAAUAAAAAUUGUAUUGUAUUGUAUAAAGUCAAUCAGCCACCUAGCCGGCCACCCAGCCGGCCACCCAGCCAGCCACCCAGCCGGCCACACAGCCAGCCAACCUGCCAAACACAUAUUACAUGUGCUCCAGAAUUGUUUCUCUGUACUUAGGGCAUAGGUUAUAGGACUUUCUGGCCAGGUGACACUACCAGUGGUAUCAAAAUUGAAAGGAUGUUGCACAUGGGUUAUUAUCGAGGUUUUUAAUAUUUCCUCAACCACUUGUGGCCAUAUCCAUCUCAAAGCCACUAAACUCAGGGUCAGUAUCACUUUCCUCUUAAAACUGGAGUGUUAAUACGACAUGACAUCAGGGAAUCCCUGGUGUUUGUCAUGCUGUUUGCUCUAGCAGGCACUCAAUUGAACUAGUGCUCCCACAAAGUACUAAGUGGUCCCAGACUUUUUGUAUACUGCACACACUGAGUGUUAACUCUUUGAGGGUCUGUCCCAUAGUUCUAUGACUCUGAAGCCUGGGUCCAAGCCAUAAAACUACGGUUGAGCUCAGCUCACUCAGAUAAUGCUGUGAGCAGUAAAUUUGGGCCUAGAUAUGAGAGAAUACAUUUGUGUGGUAAGUGUGCACCACAUAAAACAAAUACUGCAGCACUCAAUCAAUGGUGGCUGGUCAAAAAAUAGAAUCGGGGGACUACAUGAUUGCAAGUCUCAUAGAACAGCGUAAUAAGGGUUAUUAUAGUAAUAAUUUUUAAAAUUAACUAAAUUUUAUAAUGAUAAGUGAUUGCUUAUACGUACCCGUAGAGGUCGUCACAGUCCUGCUGGUGGAAACGUGGCUGGCUGAGGUGAUGAUGUUACAACUAUUUGAAAAUAAAAUCCAAGCAUCGAUUUUUUGAUGGUUUACAACUUUUUCAUUAAAAGCUUUUCAUUCCUUUUUUUGCUAUGAAAAUACUGCAUGCUGAAUCAGUUUGAGCUGCAGUAUUCACUUUACCCAGCAUUGACAAAUCAAUAAUGUUAUUUAUAUGCUUGGUUGAUGGCUCAUGUUUCAUUAAUCCCUUCAGGGUCCAAGGCCAAAAUCUGAAGUGGUGCUCCAGUGUCCAAGAAAUUUUGAAAAAAAAAAAAAAAAAUUUCUUACAGAAUUAAAGAGCAUAUUUUUGUGAAGGUAAUAAGACAAAAAAAAAAAUUUCUGAUCAGUACUUACCAAGAUACAGUGCCGAGAAGUUUGUCCAAAAUGACGUGGUGGCGGCAACAUCGAUGAAUUCCACAUACGCGCAUUACUUUAUUUAGCAGUUUUUGUAGUUUUUUCUUUUCUUUUCAAAUUUUUUUCUUUUCCUACUAACAUUUGGGGCCUGAGAGACCAAUACUGUAUAUAAACUCACUGUAUUGAACACAAUACCCUCACUAAAGUUAUUAUCAUAUUGUUUGCCACUGUUGUUUAUUACAAUAAACAUGCACAAAUCUUGUAUAAUACUAAUGUUCUAUCUUAUAUUUACAUAUUUACAAUCACUGGACAUGGUUUUAGAACUGCUGGAGCUUGUGGAACUCCUAGAAACAAGGCACCAUGCACAGAGGUACCUUACAUUCCUCACACAUAAACCGAGUGUCUUUGCGUCUUUGUUGCCAUCGUUUUGUUUAUGCACAGACGAUGCAUCUCUUCUGAGCAAAUUUCUUCUGAGUUGAAGGAAGCUGUAUUAUGAAAUGAUCACCUUCCCUCCUCAAACGCUUGGGUAUAUCCUGAGGAAUUCGAGGACCUUAUUGUAUAGCAGGUGUUCUUACCUGGUACUUCAUUAUGAGUUGUCUGACAACAGACAAACAAAAUUCACCAUACGGUGGUCUGUUGCCAGUCUUCAUUUGGUACAUAUUAUAUGCAUUGAGCAUUGAAAUGUC